GCCUCCGGAGGAGCGACUGCCAUGGCGCCCGAAGGUGGGGUCGCCGCGCCGCCCGGGCCGCGCAAGUCGUCCUGCUGGAGCUGCCGCGUCCUGGGCGGGGCGGGGCUGAUGGGCGCCGCGUGGUGGGUCUACCUGGGCCCCCGCAGGUUCAUGCAGCAAGGGCACCCCCCCACCUUCUGGCACGUCACGCAGAUGACCUUCGCCGUGAGUCUUGCCUGUUUCGGUGUUGUAACAAUCUUCCGGCCAGUUGGGUCAGGGAAGAAGGAAUCAUAGAACUCCUAUCAAUCUUUUCCCAUCACUUGAACAUCAUGGACAACCCGACUGGACUUGGCUUUGUCUGUGGGCACUGCCAUAACUCAGCUGAGGGAAAACUGCAGCUGUACAGAUCCCGUCCCCUCCUUGCGUGAGCUGCACAGAUGGAUGUGUGUUUCGCUCCCCUCAUUGCUGUGAUGGUCAGCAAGGGAGGCAGCACUGCAUGAAGCCUGAGAGGAACUGAGUUUAAUUUUGCAUUAAAAACAAACAAACCCUG